AUAAGAGUUGUGAAACUUGCUUUGGCAUGGCGUUAAUUGCGACCUGAAAAGAGUGUACAGAGAGUUCUUUCACUGGGCAGUGCAUCCGUCUCGCUGGUCUAUUCUUCAUCAUGGGUCUACUCUUUGAAACCAGUCCUGUGGAAUGGCUUACCAUGGCUAUUAUUCUCUUCACUUCUGUGUGGUACUACUUUAAAUCAGAAUACAGCUUCUGGAAAAAGAAGGGCGUUAGAUUCAUUUCACCAGUAAUACCAUUCGGUAACAUAAAAGAUAUGAUUCUUUUGCGCAAGGCAACUGGAGAAAUGCUUAAAGUACUUUAUGACGAGUUUCCAGAAGAACCCUUUGUCGGAACAUACGAACUAACGAAGCCGAUGCUUAUUAUCAGAGACCCAGAACUGAUCAAACGUGUGACGGUGAAGGAUUUCUCCUAUUUCCAGGACCGUGGGGUACCAGUUAACGAGGAACUUGAACCCUUAGGUUCCCAUCUGUUGAAUUUAACAGGCAAGAAAUGGAGAACCCUCCGUUCCAAGCUCACACCCACCUUCACAUCAGGAAAGAUAAAGAUGAUGUUCCACCUGAUGAUUGAGUGUGCUGAGCAAUUAAAAGACUACCUUGAGAAACCUGCACAAAAUGGUGAAAUUCUGGAAAUGAAAGAGGCCGUGGCAAAGUAUUCAACCAAUGUAAUUGGUCUUUGUGCUUUCGGCCUUCAGUUCAACGCAAUUAACGAAUCAGAUUCAGAAUUUCGUAGAAUAGGCAGGCGAGUGUUUGAAACAUCUGUCAUCGCAGCUGAGUUAAGAAUGUUGCAAUCAGCUUAUCCUUCUGCGAUGAAAAUAUUUCCUAUGAAAAUUGUCCCAGAUGAAGUUAAUAAACAUGUCAUCAGAACAGUAAAGGAAGUGAUGGAGUAUCGUGAGAAAAACAACGUAUCCCGUAAUGAUUUCAUGCAGCUGCUCAUUGAACUGAAGAAUAAGGGGAGGGUACACGAUGAUGAACCUGUGAAGUCAGAAGACAAGUUGGACAGGACAUCUCAUAAAGAGACAGAAACCAAUGUUGAUUUCACAGAAACUUUGCUAGCAUCACAAGCAUUUAUCUUCUUUUUGGCUGGAUUUGAGACAUCUUCCACAACACUAAGUUUCUGCCUACAUGAACUGGCACUCAAUCCUGAAGUACAAGAGCGGCUGAGAGAAGAAAUUGAUUCUACUCUGGAAAAGUAUGAAGGGAAGAUAACAUAUGAUGCAAUACACAGCAUGUCUUACCUUGACAAAGUGGUCGAUGAAACUCUCAGAAAAUAUCCUCCAAUUCCUGUACUUCUUCGUGUGGUAACAAAACCAUAUGUAAUCCCUGGGUCAUCAGUGCAUCUUGAUGUGGGAAUGAAGGUCUUGGUACCUAUAUAUGCUCUACAUCAUGAUCCAAAAUACUUUCCUGAACCGGAGGUCUUUAAUCCUGAGAAUUUUAGUGAUGAGAGAAAAGCGAAGAGACCACAUCAUGCAUAUCUGCCCUUUGGGGAUGGACCAAGAGUUUGCAUAGGCUUGCGAUUUGGAUUACUACAGACCAAGGUGGGGCUUACUUUCCUCCUUUCCAAAUUUAAAUUCAGUGUUUGUGAGAAAACAGAAGUGCCUCUAAAAUUAGAUCCUAAAGCAGUCAUCACAGCAGUUACAACGGGAAUAUGGUUGAGAAUCAACAAGCGUAGUGAUUCUUAAUCACGCUUUCCGAUUUCAUGCCCAACAUAUUAAGGGGGCCUGAAGUGUUGUGGUGGUGGUGCUGGUGGUGGAAGGGGGGGGGGCUCAAGGAAAUUUGACACUGGAUGAAGCUGGAUGAACACAAUUCAUUUAUUGGACUGAAUACUGGAGAAUUUUCACUUUGAUCUUUUUGCAUAAUUUCAGCUGGAAUAAUCUAGGAAAUUUAUGUGGGUAAAAGGCAUUACAUUUCUACACAAUAUAAGAGAGGAAAUAUAAUUUGUGCUACCUCUUCUUAUAGGUAUUGACAUGUAAUACUAUCACAAAGAGUGAAAUAAAGACACUCACAAGCAUCUAUGUGUCAAAUGGGCACAGGCAAACUCCUACAAGCAUGUCGAGUGUAUAUACAGAUAUUUCUGUUGUACUAUUUUUAAAAAUUCAUUUUUAGUUUCUUGUAAGGGAAGGCAUUGGACUAUGUUCCAUGGAGGUUUUGUGGCAAUAGUUCUAAGAUAUUAGCUGCUGUUAUAACUGGGAGCAUAUAGUAAGUUAGGGGGCAAGAUUAUGUCUAAGGAAGUGAAUUUGUUUAGGGAGUGGUAACCAAAUGAAGUUUUGAAGCAAUGUACAUUGCACCCUCUUUCUGAUGAUUGAAAUUCUUGUUUCUUCUGCACUGAACAUUUCACUUUAAUUUUUUGAUAUGGGGAACAUGAAGACACUUUAGAGUAUUGUUACAAGCUGGAGUUCUCUUAUUAUGGUAUGAAACAAAAAAAAAAGAGAGAGAGAGAUAACCCUUUAUUCAAGAGAUCUGUAUUUAAAUGUUGCUACAAUCAGUGGUAGCUCUCCUAUCAGGCCAGUUUUGGCAGUGCUCCAGCUAAAAUUGGAAGUAUUAUCAUAGUUGAGAUAAAUUUACAUUUAAUUUUUACUAUAUUCUGGAUCCUCCAUAUGAAUAAUUAGGUGGGUGUAUGAGCAGCAUACCAACUGACUAUUAACUGAGGAGGGUUGACUGUAACUAAAUUCCUAUGUGAAAGUGAAGUAUCAGAAGAUUUACAGUGUUGCAAAAUUGUUUACACCCACCUUUCAUAUACCGACAGCCCAUUGAGUGUCAUAAUAAGGAGAACAGUAGAAACAGACACAUGUUUUCAAGGAUGAUUGAUUGUAUUAAAUUGUGUAAUAUGUUUGAACUUGCACUAUAUAGUCACAUAAUCAUGACAUCAUUUUGGGUCUGGUCAAUUUGAUUUUUUAAUUGUACAGCCUGAUGCGUGACCA